AUGGAGCCGUCCCAAGAGCCCGCCACAGCCAUAGUAUUCCGGCCCUCCAAGAAGCGCAAAGCCUACCGCCAGCGCGCCGGCGACUCCCCGCCACCAGCAACAACCCCCAAAGACACCCCAACCCGCGAACAACCAAGCAGCCAAGAGGAACAAGACAACGGCGCAGAAUCCGCCGUCACAGCCGCCAUGCGCGUCCGCAACGCCCGGAGAGCCCGCCUCCGCGGCGUAGGAUUCAGCUCCGACGACCACGACGCGCCCGCUCCCCACGCCCCGACAGACCAUCAAGACAGGGCCCCCCCGAAAGGAAUCCCAGACCGCUUCACCCACCAGACAGGUCUCGUCGCGACCCUCAACGACAGACACAUGAACGAAUACAUAGAAUCCCGCCUGUCCACCCACGCCCCGGGGCCCUCGCCCGCGCCCCCGGAAGAAGAAGCAGCACCCGCGAGACCGCCCGCCGGCGCCGGGCCCGGCCACCGCACGCACGACCAGCCCACCAAGCACGGUAAGCUCCUCGAGGUGGACGUGCCGGCGGACAACAACGCGCGCCGCGACGCCCGCAAGCGCCCCCCCGACACCACGGAGCCCGCGCGCCCCAAGCGCGGGCGCAACCGCCGCGGCAGCGACGACGUGAAGCGGGAUCAGCUCGUCGACGCGUUUCUCCACGAGAAUAAACUGGAUGUAUACGACGUUCCUGUACAGAAUAACCCCGUGGCCGGGGGGGAUGGUCGUUCCGCCGACGACCGCAUGGCGGAUGAAUUUCGCCAGCGGUACAUAGAAGAGGUGGCCGCACGGCGGCUGAAGAGGCGCCCGGCCCCGACGGCCAAGCAGCAGCAACAGCAGCAGCAGCAGCAAGCCGACGUGCUCAGGGGUCCAAAGUUGGGGGGCAGUCGGAAUGUGAGGGCGGCUGCGAGGGAUGUAUUGCUUAAGCAGAAGCAGGAGAAAGAGAGACAAGAGAGGACUGGGAGGCGGCCAUGA